AUGUAUGUGAAAUGGUUUGAUACAGUAAUGUUUUACUAUGUGAUUUUAGUGAAUGUCACAUUUUGUCAUUUUCAAAUUUCCCUCUGUUCCAUCCCCGUACGUCCCGACGCUCACAGGGGACGGAACCCAGAUGACAGAUGCCGGCAUCCGCAGGAGGAGAUGGCCGGGGACACUGCAGGAGGGACAUCGCGGGAGCGCAGGACAAGGUAAGAGAAGAACAGAUAUCGGAGCAGCGCUGCAUGGUAAGCCCGAGUGUAGCUCGGGGUUACCGCUGUUGCUACACUCGGGAAUACUGUCAGGGAGGUUA